UUGGGAUAAAAGUUAAACUUAAUGAUGUAAACAACGAUGAAGUAAUUAUAACUGGAAUUAGAGGAUGAAUAAAUGAAGAUGAAACUGCCAUAAAAAGACAUAGAUCUAUAGGCUACCCUGAUGUUGCACUGAGCCAUGUUGUCAGAGGAUCCUAAGAAACACAUCCGCUUCAGCAUGUUGAACUUUGAUUACCAGGAUCCUGGCGAUGAAUCAGCUCGCCAGAAGAAAACGUCCGCAGCUCAUAGGCUGCUGGUUAUAGCUGCCAUUUGUAUCGGGACGGCUGUGGUACUUGGGAUCAUUGCCUUGGUUGUUGGACUUCUAAUGAAAGAAGAUCCACGAAAACCUAUAUCUGAGACAGAAAAGAAACUUCAACCUAAACAUACAGUGACAGUAUUCCCAUCAUAUUCAUCAUCGCCAUCACUAUCAUCAUCAUCACUGUCAUCAUCUUCACCACCACCAUUGUUGCAUUCUUCAUCACUUUUAUCAACACCGCCAACACUGUCGUCGUCAUCAUCAUUGUCAACAACACCUUUGCAUGUUUUAUCGUCAACACACCCAAUUACACAUUUGUCCGUCAUUUCAUCAACACCAUCUUCAGCGUCGGAUCAAUGGAUGGAUUUGUCCUACCUUAAGAACUACAGAGGUUGAAUCACCAUUAAUGGUUACUAUUGAUUCAUCAACUGUUCAAAGAAUUGAUUCAUCAGAGUUGACUGUCGAUGGAAUCGAGUCUACCAUUCCGGUUGUUGAAAGAACACACAGUGUAUUUAUCACUGACACGUCAACUCCACAGAUGGUUUCAACGUCUUAUUCUGAAUUUUCUAGUACAGCUGACAUCGUGGAUAUUUCUGCUAGUUCAGUGGAGACAGGAAUAAUGACCACCGUUAUUCCAGUUAUUACCACACCUGCUACAAUAUUACCAGCCUGUAAAGCGACAGAGUACCAGUGUGAUGGAGGUGAAUGCAUUCCGAAACGUCAAGUCUGUGAUCAAGUUACAAACUGCAGGGACCAGUCUGAUGAGCAUUUUUGUGCCAACUGUACAGGUUUCCAGUGUUCAUCUGGCCUGUGUCUGUGGGACAGUUUUCGACAACAUUGUGAUGGUAUCUUCCACUGCGCAGACCUCAGUGACGAAAAACAGUGUCCUCUGAGACCAGGGAAUCGACUUUGUAAGAAUGGUGUUCAGAUUUCACGGUUACGUUGGUGCGACGGUGUGGACAACUGCUUUGAUAACUCAGAUGAAGCAUCAUGUCCGUGUGUAAAUGGUCUGUAUGCAUGUCCUGACGGGUCGUGUAUACUCAGAGAAUGGAUGUGUGAUGGACAUGCCGAUUGUCAGAAUGGAACGGAUGAAGAAGGAUGCAGUUCUUGCAGUAAAGACCAAUUUGUCUGCUCAGACUACACCUGUCUGAAUCAGUCGCAAGUGUGUGAUGGGAAUUACUCGUGCUCUGGAAGAGAUGAUGAAAUAAACUGCUUUCAUCUGCCAGAAAACUCUACCGAACCACUGAGAAUUAGGGUUGAAAAUGAAAGUUUUCCUGUCUGUGCUGACCACUGGACUUCCACACACAGUCAUUUUGUCUGUCAGGAGAACGGCCAAACUUUGCGAUCCUCCUCUUUAAUAUCCUCGCCUAAUAUCUCUACCGAAGUGUUAGCUUUGAGAGACAACCAAACAUUUAAUCCAGGAAUUCAGCCAGUUCUUAGAAACUUUGACAGAAGGUUGUCUUGCCUGUCAGAACGUCUAGUUUCUGUUUCAUGCAAACAGCAAGAGUGUGGUGAGAAGAAGGCCAGUGUUUUGACACCGUUUAUUGCCGGAGGUUCCGUGGCUCUCGAAGGCAAGUGGCCGUGGGUAGCUGCGAUCUCGUACCUCGGUAAAUACCAGUGUACAGGAGCCGUCAUCGGUCGCAGGUGGAUUAUCACAGCUGGACACUGUGUCUCUAGACCUGACAGUUACAACUACAGCAGCACUCCGUAUUAUUUUGAGAUUGUUCUCGGCACCACGGAUCGAACCCACAAUGUUUCUGAAAACGUGCAACGUCUGCGUGCAGUGAGAGCCAUCACCCACCCUGACCUGCGUCUCACUGAUGCGGGGAUUGUCGACUGGGACGUAGCUCUACUAGAGACUGCCGCUGAUAUCCGUUACACGGACUAUGUCCAGCCCGUGUGUCUACCGGAUAGUGGCGAGAUUUUGUCGACGUCACUGCUAUGCUAUGUUGCUGGAUGGGGGUGGCUCAGUACCCAACAGUAUGUGACCACGGAGAAACUGCGCGAUGCUAAGAUGCAGCUGUGGACAGCUGGACGCUGUGCCGGGAACACGGUUGUCGGGGAGACGGUGGUGAACACGAACUCCACCCUGUGUGCCGGAUAUCUCAUGGGGCGACCCACAGCAUGUCAGGGUGAUUCUGGUGGUCCACUGAUGUGUCAGAAAUUCCCCAGGGGGCGCUGGCAUCUCGCUGGAGUUGUCAGUAGCGGAAGCAAUGAGUGCGGACAACUAUCGCCAGGAAUGAGAGCCAACAGGUUUGCCAGAGUCGCCAGCGUCGUAGACUGGAUUCACAGAGUUAUAGCAGAAUAAUAGUUUCUGGCACAAGUCCUUUUGUAUAUGGAUUUUCUGACAACCAUCUUUAAAAAACCCCAAAUCCUUGUAGUGAACUUUAACAAGCUCCGUGGAUUGAUUUUCUUGAGAUGCGUGUCAGAAAACUCAUCUACACUUGCUAGAAAUAUUUUCUAGUUCAACGAGUCCUUAUAAUUUUAGUCUACAUGUAAUUAUUAUAAAAUUUACUGCAUUUUAUUUUUGUACUUUGACAUCACUUCUUCUCUCAGCUGAUAAGUAUUACAUCAUGAGAAAGAAUGCAUGCAGGUAGUGGUAAAUUUUAUAUGAUGUCAGUUACUUACAGUAUGACAUAAUCAAAAGGUAGCAACGGCUGUCUACCUCCUAAACAAUGAGAUGAAUUAACAACUAAAAGGGCAGAUUACCUAAGGAAGGAAAUAUUUUUAUUUAACGACACACUCAACACACUUUAUUUACGGUUAUAUGGCAUCAGACAUACACAUGUAUAUGGUUAAGGACCACACAGAUAUUGAGAGAGGAAAC